UUACAUUGUAAAUAUUAAAAAUCAAACAUAUUUGCAUACGAUCCAAAAAUAUAUGCAUUAAAACAAAAUUGUCGAUUGAUGAGGACAUAAUGGAACAUUUUUAAAGAUAAAAUGUUGAUCCAACUAAACAUCAAUGUCUUUUUAAUAUUUCUCAUUAUUCCUAUUGUAACAACAGAAAGUGAUCCGUACUCUAAAGAGCCUUAUCGACCUUUGGGUCCCCUGGUAAAAUGUAAUUUUUUGCCUCUGAAGUUUCUGGACUGUGAUGACCCUGUGGACCACAAAGGCAACGUGUCAGCCAAGGCGGCCGUCAGUCACGGCUGUUUGAAGUUCGGUGGAGUAAGAUAUGAGAAAGUGGAAAGAACAAAAGUUCAGUGCAAAGUGUUAGAUGGUAUUGAAUGUUUUGGUUCCCGCAGCUUUCUGCGUGAUGGUUUUCCGUGCGUGAGAUACUCUGGACAUUACUUCACGACUACGUUGAUAUACAGUAUACUACUUGGAUUCCUAGGCAUGGAUAGAUUUUGCCUCGGGCAAACGGGCACAGCGGUUGGCAAACUCUUAACAUUGGGUGGGCUCGGUAUUUGGUGGAUUGUUGAUGUAAUUCUCCUCAUAACUAAUAGUCUUCAUCCAGAAGAUGGUAGCAACUGGAAUCCUUAUGUUUGAAAAACUGGUGCUAGUGUAAAAUGUGUUCAAUCUUUGUGAAACUUGACACUAUCAAUUGUUAAAGAACACAGAACCUGUUCUGUUUGCUCUAAUUAUUAGU